UGGUUAUUGUGUAGUGUAUUUGUAAAUUGCGGCAUUUGCCCUCCAUUGCUACAUUUAAAAUAUUUUAAGAUUUUUACAUAAAAUAUGCCAUUUGAAGAACAAAUAAAAGCAUUUCGCACCUGGGCCACAAGCUUAGGAUGUCCGCCAAGUGCCAUGCCAAGCGAUGAUGCCCUUAAGUACGUCUUUAAAUCGCCCAAUAAGCAACUAUUUAUGCAGCUCCAGGCACGGAUCCGUGCACAGGAGAAUGUACGAACAGUAAGAGAGAAUUUGCUUAUUGCAAAAAUGGUUCAACUCAAGGGAAAAGUGGUUCCAGUCUGUGAGCGCAGCUUUCUGCCGCGGGAGAUGCAAACACAUCUUAGAAUGCAAGAUCUCCUUAAGAAGAAGGAGAAGGCUAAAGAGAAGAUGACGGAGGAGAAGAAGGAAUGUGACAAUGUUGCUGCCAUCAUCAAAAAUAAGAAUAUUCAAAUAACCAACGUAAGUCACAAGAAUGAUGUGCUCCAAUCACGUCACGAUAUACUUGAAUUGAAACUAGAGGAUUUGAAUAAAAAGUUUGAGCAAGAACAACAAAUAAAGCAGCAAAUCAUAGCCACAAUGCCGGUCAAGCUUAGCACCAAAAAUGCCAGCGAAAGACUGGCGUCCAAAGACGUGGAAAAGGCGCUUAAAGAACUUGGCAAUUUUUACAACAUUUGCAAUACCCAUGGCAAUAACGCACAUCAACUUGUGGAAGCCAAGACGCAGUUGUGGUCACAAAUGCGUGAGAUAUUUGGCGACACACCAAAUGUACUGAUCUUCAAUGUCAUCAUGAAGAUGAUGGAUAAGCAGCUAGAGCACGUGAUGAAUAUGAAUAAAAAAAGUAUUGCUAAUCAAGAUUUGUCCAAGCCAAAGUUGGACAACUUUGAUGUUAAAUUGCUGAAGACCAAAGGAGAUUUAUUUGGUAUGGCGGCAAAGUAUGUAAACGCUCGGAACGAAGUGGCGCAGCUAGAGGAGCGCUUUGCUCAGGUCUAUGGUAUAUUUGUGGAUGAACUGCAGAAGAAGGUAAACAACUUCAAUGGGAUCACCAGUGACGAGGACGACGAAGGCAGCGAAGACAUCAUAUCCGAUUUUAUACUUCAAUUCAAUAUGCGCAAUUUCUAUCAGUCCCAGAACGAAUUCCUCACCGAGCAGAUUGAGAAACUGCGCAUGGAUCUCGUGUCGGGCGCCAAGCAAUUGGAAAACCAUGAAAUGCUGCUCGGCUCAAUUAGGGAAAUGUAUCGUGAAAGUAAUAUAGCCAUUAAUCGUAUUCAUCACGAUAUGGAGCAGAUGUCGCAGAUCAAAGAGAAGAUCCUUUACAACAAGAACAUAAUGAAAAACAUGCUGAAUGACAUGACUCACAAUACCAAGUCGCAGUUCCUCAGCUCAAAGCUAAAGGGUAACAUGUCACUAAUGAGCAUGGAGAGCAGCUUCUGUCUAACAAAUGACAAUGUCUUGUCCAGCACUAAACUGGAUAUCGAUGCGAAUACCAGUGUGGCGAAUUCUACACUUCUUCGGAGUUUAGACAAUACAACUCUGAUGCCUGGUGCAUUCAACUCAACUGCUGUCAUGGCCUUCGGCUCGGGUUCGUCGUUACCUUGUCAUCUCAUCGAGUUGAACACAUUUGCUGAAAUACCACUGGAAAAGUUGAGCUGCAUUCCAAGCGCAUGUUCAUUUUUGAUUUCGGCCAAUCCGCUUAUCGUGGAAUCCCAGGAGCUGGCCUCCACCGUGCAACUGGCACCGGGCCAUCUGCUAACACCCUAUGGCGCCCUGCAGGAAGUUAACAAACGCAUUUUGUGGGCGUCGGCAAUUGCCGCACUUUCGUCUGACUUGAAAUUGAAUUUGAAGCCAUUAAUUGUUGAUCCGCACAAUAUGAAGCUAAAGGCACGCAGACAGCACGAUGAAAUUGUCCAGUUACUCGACAACAUUAAGGCGUUGGGUGUGAAAGGGCAACUUCAAUUGCAAAAAGUCAAUCGUAUUUAUCACUUUGCUAUGGACAAUGCUUUGCACAAAUAUGUGCCGCCGAAGAGGACAUUCAAUGGCGCCUGUUUUGCGGACUAUGAAUCAGAAUUUAAUUUGUAUUAUCGCAUUGCCACUUCAGGCGGUUCUAAAAAAAAAUAGUUGUUAAGUAAGUAAUCCCAUUGGCAGUAAAACUGCAACUAUAAAAUUGUUUAAAUAAAAAGAAUAAAUUAUUGGAUUUUCACAUGUAUUUUCUUUUUUUUUAUUACAAAGUCGAAUCAUUUAAUUAUAUUAUGUACACCCACAAAAAAAUGGGUUUUUAAUUGUUAUUCAAAAGUAAAUAAUUCGAAUAUUGCAUAAGAGCUAACGAUUUUGUUGUUGGAUUCAUCGUUCGUUCGUAUAUGUGUAUCUUUGUCUCGAAUUGUAAAUGCAGUAAUUAAUUGACAGAUUUAUUUCAACUUAAUUACAUUGCAGCAAGAAAAUACUUUAUUAUUUAUUUAAUAAAAAAUAAAAUAUUCUCAGUUAAUUAUCAUGUAAAGCGGAAUGAUCUUAGACAGCGUUACUUGUGUUGAACUUGGCUUGAUUUUGUUUUGUAUUGUAUUACAUAAUGUACUCGAGAAUAUAGUC